AUGGCGGGAUUUUCUCUCAUACAUUCGGAAAGAAGUGUAUCGAGAGUGCUAGCUGGUAAAAAAGCCAUUGUUACAGGAGCCGGACGUGGCAUUGGUCGAGUUAUUGCCCAUACAUUGUACAACGCGGGAGCGCGCCUAACUGCUGUCAGUAAAACAAAAGAUAAUCUGGAAAGACUCCGAACGGACCUUCCUGGUAUAGACACAAUCUGCGUCAACCUCCGGGACUGGGAAUACACCAGACAAUCCCUUGAUGAUUUACCAUCGUUUGAUAUCCUGGUAAACAAUGCAGGUUUCGGAUUAUCAGGGAGUUUUACAGACAUGCCAAAGGAAGUGACCGAUAAUAUGAUCGAUAUGAAUAUAAAAGGGAUGAUAAACGUCACACAGGUCAUAGGGAAGGGAAUGGUCGCUGGAGGAAGAGGCGGUUCGAUUGUCAACGUAUCCAGCAUGGCGUCACAUAGGUCCCUUAAUGGACACACCGUGUACGCUGCCACUAAAGCGGCAAUUGACGCCAUUACUAGAAAUUUGGCCCGGGAAUUUGCGCCUCACGGCAUCCGGGUCAACUCUGUGAACCCGACUUAUGUCAGCACGGAUAUGACAAAACACAUACCGGAAGCUGCCGUAGAAAAACUCCGUGUUCUUACACCUACUCGGAAACUGCUGACGUCAGAGGAAGUUGCCGAAGCUGUUUUAUUUCUCGUCAACGGAUCGGCUUCGUCUAUUAAUGGGGUCAAUCUUCUGUUAGAUGGCGGCUACACAGCUACUUAG